AUGUUUUCUCGUGCUGCCCACAAACCAGGCGCCAAGUUCAUCUACGGCAUCUUCGGCGUCCAAUACUCAGGCGAUGAACCCGCCGGCCGCCAGCUGGACCUCAUCAAGUCCUUCGACGCCCUGAUCGACGGCAAAGCCCACCUCGACCGCAUCGUCUACCCCACCAAGAACAAGCCGUUCGGCACCCAGAUCUGGCUAUCAUACUGGCACCCCGCGACGUACGCCGAGUGGUGGUCCAGCCGCCCCGUGCAAGACUUUUGGAACAACCUCCCCGACGACGCGGGCGUGUGGCGCGAGACACUGACCGUCGACGUCGGCCGCACCCAAAACGCCUGCACCGCCGACCUGAAGAACGGCGUCAACGGCCUCGGGGAGAAGGAGAUGUUCUCCGAAAAGAUCGGCUACUGGGGCUGUCUCCGCGACCGCCUCGCCCAGGCCACCGCGGAUGAGAAGUUUUCCUCGCCCCUGGCCGAGAUGCCCGAGCGAGUGCCAGAGUCAGAAGAAAUCCGCCGGGGCCGCACGAGCAUCACCAAGGUGCCGGACAACAUCUGCUUCCUCGUCGAGGGGCAGGACCACUCCGCGAUGACGCCCGCGGAGAAGACGUACUGGUUCGAGGAAUUCGACGAGCUGGUGACGGGGUGGAUGCACCACCUCGGCGACAACGCGGCCGCGAACGGGCUGCUUGACGUCAGGAUGGGCUAUGUCCCCGAGAACGGCCGGUUCCGUGAUCACGAAGGGCUCAUCAAUCUGAACCACAACCGCAAGAUUGAGCUGUUUUACUGGAUGGACAUGAGCAAGUUCGAGCGGGCCGGGCGUGUGCACAGGGGCCAUGUCAAGUUGAGGAAGAAGUGGAUGGAGGCGUACUGUCCGGUUGGGCCGAUGGGGAAUGGGGUUGGGAAGAUUACUUUGUGGGAGGAGACGUCAAUCUUGAAGGGUGGAGAUGUUCAAGCGGAGUAUGUUGGUUGCCGUGAGGGCACUGGUUUCAUGGCAUAUGAUGGCAGUGCUGCCGUUAAAAGCACUACAGUGGCUUGUUGA